AACACGUUUGUAGCACUCAGUCGGUUAGCAGCAUGCGCGCAGGCGUCGCGAUUUCCAUUCUUGCGGUCUCGGCAUGGUCCUGCGUCACUUGCACACAUGCCCGCGAGUAUAACAGUGCUAAAAACAUUAUAAAAGAUGCAAUAACCUGUGCGAGUAACCUCGGUUUUUCGAAAUGUAUAACAGCGUACGGUGUUUGGAAGGCGGAACGUGCGUUGGAACCGCAAGCGUCUGAGCGUGGCUUUAGUUGGCGGAAUUUUAUGAAUGCAUCGAAUGAAGAGCUUUAUUCAAAGCUUUGUGAUGACACUGAGAAGCUCCUUCGGUAUCGUUCCUUAUCCAUGACAUUAAGUGAAGACUAUGCCCUUCAAUUAAAGUCUACUGAUAAUUCUUCGCUGAAAAUCGACAUAAUACAAAAUGGCGAUGUGGCCACGGGUCGCACCAGCAUGAAGAAAAUGACGAAGAUGUUCUAUCAAGCCUUACCGUUCUUAAUAUUUCCUGGGCUCAUAAUGUCCGCCGUUUUGCCAUUUUUCUUGCCAACGCUCAAAAUGGCUACUCUUGCCACAGGAAUGCUGAACAAUAUGGCUCUCACAGGAGCUGUAUUCACUCUCCUAAGAAACAAUGCCUUUAAUGAUAAUAAAUAUCCCAAGAGAGUUAUCUAUGUGAACGCAGGAUAUGAUGGAAAUAAAUUUAACCACCUCGCUGAAGCUUCCUCUGAUGACCUCGUAGCUGCUAAUUUCGAUACUCAGUACAGCACUGAAAUAACGCAUGAUGCCAAGGACUAUCAUCUCAUUGGUAUCGAUCCGAACACCGGUAUUUCAUAUCCCUUCAAUGCAGAUUGGUUAAAAAAUACCGGCAACGAAGUCAAUAAGGUUAAAAACGUGGAAAUAAUCGGUGAAGUCCCCAGCGUGAACGAUUGGACGAAGCCUAAUAUAAAAUGGAGAAAACAUAGCAAUAGAUAGGUUGCUAAAUAAUAAUCCUCGUUGACUUGCCUUUCAAUUUAAUAGUUUGUAAAUAAAUAUUUAUUGUAAUGUAAAUA